UUCACAUCACAAAAUUGACAUUAGCCUGAUUGAUUUCACAUUUCAUGCUUUGAUUUGAUUCUUUUCUAUAAUUUCUGAUGGUAAAUCAGCAUAAAAUCUACUCUUAUUCGAGAAGAAAUUGUGUAAAGAUACAGAAAUCUGGAACUUACCUUCAUUGAAACUACUCAUAUGAUCGUUUCUUCAUAGUUUUUGUUAUGUGAAGUAUUUCCUUUUUGUGAGUUGAAGAAGUGUAAACAUGUUUGCAAUGACACCCGAAUUUUUCCAAUUUAUGAAGAAGCUAGAAGAAAAUGGGGAUAAGCUGACUUGUACACCUCCAAGUGAACCGCCCCUUGACUUUGAAUUUGAUAAUUCAACAUGUCACGUGUGCAAUGGUUACUAUGGCCCUAGUUUUGGGGAGCCGGUUUGCGUAACUUGCCAUGCUUUUCUAUUCCCAGACUUUCCGUCGUACUUGCCUUCAUCAUAUUUCUAUAGUGAGAAGACAGAUGACGGCGACUCGGGGAACGACGAGCCUUCGGACUUGAAUUACAGCUCUGAACGCAAAGUGAACAGAGCCUGCACUGUGCCCUCUUGGUGGUAUUAUAGAAGUUCACUGGACAGUGAAACUAGCCCAGAAGAUGAAGCAAGUCGAGCCAGCAACUCCGGCGCCGGCGCAAGUAGCAGUGGUAACUGUAGCGGGGUGGGAGGUAACGGCGGCGGCGCGGGGAGAGGGGAUGGACGCAUGUGGCCUGAGGGACCGUCGCGACCUGAUGCACCACGAAAUGACGGAGUGCCACGCAAUGAUGGGCCACCCAGGAAUGAUGGUCCAUCUCGGAAUGAUGGGCCGCCUCGCAAUGAUGGACCACCUCGGAAUGAUGGCCCGCCUCGCAAUGAUAUGCCUCCGCGGAAUGACGGAGGUCCUCGCAAUGAUGGGCCGUCUCACGCAGAUCCAGGUCCUGCUGGAGGACCCUCAGCUGGCGCAGGUCGCGCUGGUGAGCCGCCGGCUCGUGAUGACUCGGCUGGGCUCGGCCCGCCACCGCAUCCGCCCUGCCUAGCGCGCUCGUUACAAGCACUUUCCACGCCCAGACCACCAGAUAAUCUAGCGCCGGGACUGGUGGAGCAGUUGCCGUCUGAAGUGCUGCUAUGCAUCUUCAGCUACCUAGACGACCUGUCCCUGUGCGCGUGCGCGUGCGUGUGCGGGCGGUGGUGGCGCCUGGUGCGCGCGCGCGUGUCCCCGCCGCGCUGGGCCACCUUCACCAACAAACGGUUCCCGCUCUACCGCCCGCUACUCGCCAACAUCGACUGGCAUAAGAAAUACCAGUGCUUGGUGGAGUCGUGUUUCUGCCGCAACUGUUUGGUACAGAUGUGUGUGCAGGCGCAGCCCGCCGGGGAAGAGAACGCCUGGCGUCGGAACCGACUGAGGAUUGAACUCAAGAUGUUGCGCAACGAUCCCCCGGAAGGUAUAGCGGCGACCCCCCUGGACCCCAAAUGUUGCCACUGGCAGGCGAGCGUCACCGGACCUAUAGGGUCCCCCUACGAGGGAGGAGUCUUCUAUCUCUACAUACAAGUGCCAUAUGCGUACCCAAUGAGCCCGCCGGUGGUGAGGUUUCUGACCCGCAUACUACACCCGAAUAUCUCGCGGCACGGCGACGUGGGCAUCGACUCGGUGCACCACAACUGGUCGCUCGCACUCACCAUCAGCAAGGUGCUCAUCUCCAUACAGAGCCUGCUCACCGACCCCUAUACUGCGGUUUGCAUGGAACCAGAGUUAGGAGAAAUGUACGUACGGGACCGACCUCGCUUCGAAGCUCUAGCCAGAAACUGGACGUGGAGAUACGCCAUGCAUGACAUUCUCUCAUACUGAACUAUUAUAACUAGUGUAUAACCACUCAAAUAUAUACUAUGUGAUGAAAGGAAUUAGGUUGAUAGUUCUGUAACAGUAUACUGUCGCUUAGCAUCCUUUAUUGUGGUAGGCUGAUUUGUUGAUUGGCUUGAAUCAAUUCUUUUGUAAUUCAUAGCAAUGUGUACUAUGUCGACAAAGAAAUAAGGGAUAUAAUCGUGUGAUAGCGCCGCAUCACAACUUUGUGAAAGUAUGUUCUCAGAAAUUAAAGGACAGGUGGUUUUUUAACAGUUGAUACGAUUUUUUGACUUAUCUCUUAGAAAUACACAUGAAAUUAUCUUGACACUUAUUUUUUUAGGAAUGCCAGACUUUGCGACCAGAUAUUAUUAUGGGUCCUUGACAAAUGUAUUUAUUUCUCAAUGUUAACUUUUGGCAGCUUUGAAUGGUUGAAAUGCCCUAACACUUCAUUAGUAGCGCCAUCCAGUCGUGCUCAAAAAGAUGCUAUUUUUAGGAAGAAAUUACGAGUUUGUUUUCUUUAAUCGAAUGUCUAUUUGCUUAACUAAACUACUUACUCAUCAUAUACCAACAAUAAUUAUGUACGUUCGUAGGUAUUUAGCUUGAAACCAAGAAGAUUGUGAGACGAACUCAGAAAACAUCUGGUGUAUCGAAUAUUUAGCUGUAAACUGGCAAAUUGUAUUUAUUGCCUUUCCAACUUUUUUGUUACUUUAUACAUGUUAGAUAAUACGCUUUAUAAACAACAAUUUCUCCUUCACAUAUAAAAAUAUAGCCAUAAGUAUUAUAAUCACACUUUUUAUACUUUUAUGCUGUAUCAAUAUAAAUAUUUUGUAAACUAAACAACACAAAUUAUACAAGACAAAUGUAUGCGCACUUCAAACUUUAUUCUAGAAGGCUGUAUAAGAUUAUUUUUUAAUAAAAUAACGAUGAACGCUAUCUGAGUCUACAA